AUGGAGAGAUCCAAUUGGACUUCUCCUGUGAUGGGGUUUAUUCUCCUGGGACUCUCAGCCCACCCAAAGCUAGAGAAAACGUUCUUUGUGCUCAUCCUCCUGAUGUACUUGGUGAUCCUGCUGGGCAAUGGGGUCCUCAUCCUGGUCACUGUGUCUGUCUCCCGCCUGCACACGCCCAUGUACUUCUUCCUGGGGAACCUCUCCUUCCUGGACAUCUGCUACACAACCUCCUCAGUCCCCCUCAUUCUCGACAGCUUCCUGACCCCCAGGAAAACUGUACCCUUCUCAGCCUGUGCUGUGCAAAUGUUUCUUUCCUUCGCCAUGGGAGCCACAGAGUGUGUGCUUCUGGGCAUGAUGGCAUUUGAUCGCUAUGUGGCCAUUUGUAACCCUCUUAGGUACCCUGUGGUCAUGAGCAAGGCUGUCUACGUGCCCAUGGCUGCCAGCUCCUGGGCAGCUGGAAGCACGACUGCCAUGGUGCAAACAUCCUUAGCAAUGCGGUUGCCCUUCUGUGGUGACAACGUCAUUAACCACUUCACCUGUGAGAUCUUGGCUGUCCUGAAGUUGGCCUGUGCUGAUAUCUCCAUCAAUGUGAUCAGUAUGGCAGUAGCCAAUGUGAUCUUCCUGGGGGUCCCAGUUCUGUUCAUCUUUAUCUCCUACAUCUUCAUCCUCACCACUAUCCUGAGGAUCCCCUCAGCUGAGGGGAGGAAAAAGGCCUUCUCCACCUGCUCUGCCCACCUCACAGUCGUGGUCGUCUUCUAUGGGACUAUCCUUUUCAUGUAUGGGAAGCCCAAAUCCAAGGACCCCCUGGGGGCAGACAAGCAGGACCUUUCAGAUAAGCUCAUCUCCCUCUUCUAUGGGGUGGUGACCCCCAUGCUCAACCCCAUCAUCUAUAGCCUGAGGAACAAGGACGUGAAGGCCGCUGUGAGGAACCUGGUAUUUCAGAAACACUUCAUCCAGUGA